UAAAAAAUUGAUUUAGUUUUACAACUGAUUACCUACACGUAACAAUGAUUGCAUUAAAAACAGUGAUCCUACUUACUACUUUAUUUCAAAGCUUAAUUGAAGCUGAAAUUAUUUAUAAUGGUAGUUCUAUACCCAACGACGAUUGGUGGAAAUAUGCAACAUAUUAUCAGAUUUAUCCUCGAUCCUUCAAAGAUAGUGAUGGCGAUGGGGUGGGUGAUUUGAAAGGUAUUACCAGUCAAUUACAACAUCUGGUAGAUGCUGGAGUAACGGCUUCAUGGUUUUCGCCAAUUUUCAAAUCUCCUGGGAUCGACGGCGGUUAUGAUAUUAGUGAUUUUAGAGAUAUUGAUCCUAGUUACGGAACCAUGAGCGAUUUUGAGCAGCUUCUUGACACAGCCCAUCAACUUGGCCUAAAAAUUAUUUUGGAUUUUGUUCCGAACCAUACCAGCGAUCAACACGCUUGGUUCCAAUUGUCCAAAAAUAGAACUGCGGGGUACGAAGACUAUUACGUUUGGAUGGACGGCCUUAAUUCAACAACACCUCCUAACAACUGGAGGGGUUUUGUCGGAGGUUCUGCCUGGGAUUAUGUGCCCGAGAGGGAUCAAUAUUAUUACCAUCUGUUUACUGCCCAACAACCUGAGUUAAACUUCAGAAGCCCUAGGGUUGUUCAAGAAAUGAAAGACGUACUGAUCUUUUGGUUAGAUAAGGGGGUAGAUGGUUUCAGAGUUGACGCAACUCCCUACAUAUUCGAAAAUUUUCCACCACCAGGGAGUCAGGGAGACUACAACGUUGAUGAGCAACGUAGGGGAAUUCAGGAUCUACCGGAAACAUUCGAUAUGGUUUAUCAAUGGAGAGCAGUUCUUGACGAUUACACUAAACAGAACGGAGGAGAUACUAAGGUGCUCAUGACCGAGGCAUUUACAAAUGUAAAUGCCACCAUGUUCUAUUAUGGUAAUGGCACAGUUGAUGGAGCUCAUUUUACAUUCAAUUUCUUUCUUAUAACCAAUACUACAUCCAACAGUACUGCUAGUCAGGAUAUUUCAGUAAUUAAAAGAUGGUUUCAAUUUAUGCCAAGCAGAUACAUAGCUAAUUGGGUGUUAGGAAAUCACGAUAGAUCUAGAGUUGCCACCCGUCAAGGGGUUGAAAAUGUAGAUGGAUACAAUAUGUUGGUGUGUCUUCUGCCAGGUAUAGCAGACACUUAUAACGGAGAAGAGAUUGGAAUGGAAAAUGGAGAAGUAACAUGGGAGCAAGGACAAGAUCCAACUGCGUGCAACAGACCCAGAGAAAAUUUCCUGACUCAAAGCAGGGAUUUUGAGAGGACUCCAUUCCAUUGGGACUCUAGUGUCAAUGCAGGAUUUAGCACAGCGAAUAGUACUUGGUUGCCUGUCAGUGCAAAAUAUAUAACAAACAAUCUUGAACUACAAAGCAGAGAUGGAGUAAAAAGUCACUAUCAUAUCUACCAAAGUCUAAUGAAAUUGAGGCAAGAAAACACUAUCAUUUUUGGAAAUUUGAACAUAGAGGCUUUAGACACUUACGUUUUUGCAUUUACGAGAGAAUUGGCUGGUAACGACACAUACGUCUUUCUAUUUAACAAGGGAAAUUAUUCUUCAACAGUGUCACUAUCUUCGUUUACGUCUCUCUCUAAUGACAUUAGAGUAGUUUUAUCCAGUAUCGACUCAUUCAGAAACGAAGGGGAUCUUCUCCCAAAAAGACGCCUACGCUUGGAUGCCCACGAAGCAAUAGUAGCAAAAUCACGACCGAAUAAUUUAAUACACUGUUAAAAAAAUUGUAUAUUUACCUGUUAUAAACAAACUAUUAGAAAAUUACAACCUACUAAAUUUAAUUUGUAAUCAAUUCGGCUAUUAAAGGUUGAAAUUUUUGUAUAAUUUCUAAA